ACACAGCUGAUGGUCUUAGAACAAUGAGGACGACAAUGUUCAGUCCUGAGCACGGAGAUCGUCCUAAUGUCCCCAACAUUGCAGUGGUCAUCACAGAUGGUCAGUCUAAUAGAAACAGUGAAAGGACAAUCCCAGAGGCUGAUGCUGCCAAAGCCCAAGGCAUUCAGAUCUAUGCUAUUGGUGUUGGCGCAGGCAUUACUGAAGAAUUAAAUAGAAUCGCAAGCACGCCCGUUGAUGAUUUUAGAUUCAAAGUUGAAAAUUAUUCUUUACUUAAAAGUCUGAGAGAAAAACUGUUUAGCGCCAUAUGUUUGUACGUGACAGAAGCCCCAACACCUGCACCUACAACACCUAAACCAGUUGUGAUCAAACGUGUUCACACCAGGUUUGAUCUAGUGUUUGUACUUGAUGCCACUUCCAGUGUGUCCAAAUCUAACUUUGAUCUGAUGAAAAAAUUCAUCAAAGAUUUCAUCUAUGAAGACGAUAUUUACAAUGAAAAUGUUAGAAUUGGUGUUGUCACAAGCAGUAACAGUCAUAUCCAGUUCCAUCUUGACAAGCACAUAACUAAGGAUGACGUCAUCAAUGACACAGACGCCAUAGCCUAUCCACCAAAUGACAACACCAACACAGCAGAUGCCAUUAGAACAAUGAGGACAGAGAUGUUCACUGAAUCAAAUGGGGAUCGCUUAGAAGUUGAUAACAUCGCCAUAGUACUGACAACUGGUGUUUCCAACAGUCAAAACAUUCAGGCAGAAUCUGAUGCGGCUAGAACACAGGCCAUUCAUAUCUUUGUUGUUGGCAUUGGUCUAAGGGACACCACACAGUUGGAUGUUAUCGCCAAUAAACCAGUUGACCAAAAUAGAUUUACUGUCAAUGAUUUUACAGAUCUUGAGGACCUCAAGGAGAAUGUUUUUUCUGCUGUUUUAAAAACUGUCAAUGAAAAACGAAGUGAAAGAAAAGAUUGUCCACCAGAACCUGCUGCCGUGGUACUGGACGUCCGGACCAAACCAUCUGGUGAGGGCUAUUUCGUCUGCGCACUGUCAGAGCCUCUACCAGAAGGUGUGGACAUCUUGUUUACACUGCACGUAGAGGGAGAAGUUGAACAUCUCAACAAGAAGAUUAAUUCAUCAGUAAAAGAGGGACUUAUUCCAUUUACUGACGUCAAUCGAGCUUUGUAUAACAAAAGGAUUUACUGUUCGGCUGUGGUACAAAAUGUGACAAGUGGAUCAAAGAAUUGUCACGAAGAAAGCAGCAAUGUUAUCACUCCAUCCAUCAUAUGUCCACAACAAACUACCUUAAGAUUAGUUGAAGGUCAAGCUCCUGUAAAUCUGGUUUUUAAAUUGACUGCACCACCAGAACUUUACUGUACUGUUAGACCAGGAAGUCCGUGUGAUGUGGAGGUCGUCAUAGAGAUUCUUCCAGGCAGUGAUGAACUCAAUUGUUCUAACACUGAAAUCAUACCCCAAGUUGUAUUUGAAACUAAAAGCUGUGGCCAGAAAUUUUCUCAUCAUAAUUGGAAGGAUGGAAUCAUCAUUCCAGUGAAGGCAACAAUAGACAGGAUCAUAGAUGGGGACAGAUAUUUAACCAUACAAAGCUACAUUAAAUUCAGUGGUGAUCUAAUCCCCCAGGAGAGUUGUGCUGAUAUACAAGCCACUGUUGUUGAUAAGGACAGAACUUAUAUCUGCUAUUCUGUCAAUGAUCCACAUAUUUCAACUUUUGAUAAAAAUUACUAUGACAACCACCUAUCAGGUGACUUCAUCCUCUACAAACACAAGACACUUCCAUAUCAGGUUCAGGUAAAUUUCGGCCCAUGUUCAGCAUCACCAGUUGCCACCUGCAACUGUAAAACUGCGAUACAGUCAGGGGAUGAUGUCAUUGUAUUUAAUUCUUGUGAUGCCAAACAAAACCGUCUACGGUCCAAUGCUGCAGCUCUGAAUGUCCAGAUUAUUCAAAAUGGGGAGCUAACUCCUGGAACUAAGAUAAAACAACUUGGUGGAGGUCAACAGUAUGAUGUUCUUCUACCAACAGGAACUGUUGUGUCUGUGAUGCCUAGCAUGUACACCUUCAUGAACAUUGUUAUUACAGCAUCACCAUCUGACUUUAAUGAGACAGAAGGUCUAUGUGGCAAUUUUAAUGGUAGAACAGAUGAUGAUAUGGGCAAUUUGAAUGAAGAAACAUUUAACUUGCAUUGGAGAGCCAAAACAACCAUCUACUGUGGUGUGCCAGCACACAAUGAUCCUGAACCAGCAACAUACAGCAGUUGUACUCAAGGCUUUACACCCAUCUCUAAACCUGGACUGGAUGUUUCCAGAUGCUCAUCUGAUAAUAAUGAUAUAACAAGUGCUCUUAAGCUCCAAUCCAUGACUAGCAGCAGUUGUACCCCAGUACCACGACCCAUCCCUGGCUCAGAAGCUUCUAGGAAAAAAAGACAACUUACUAACUCUUCUGAAUGGACCACAGGUGCAGUUAACUACACAUUUGCAGAAGCAGAGAGAAACUGUUCAGAUUACUUGAAGAACAGCAGUACAGUCAAAGCCUGCACAAAUCAACUUUCAGAUGACAGAGUUAAGGAGAGUAUCACCAACUGUGCUUAUGAUCUGGUGAGCACAGGACUGUUUGAUUGGGCUGUGUCACACGAAAGCAACCUGGCAGAGGAGUGUAUCACACGAGCUGAACAAAACCAAAGUUCAUGGACAGGUGUAGGUGAAACACCUGGUGAACCUGUACUUCCUCAAGCCAUUGUCACCCAGCUGUGUGUCAGGGACUGUGGGGACAACGGACAUUGUGUCAACUCUUAUUGCAGAUGUAAGGACGGCUACUUUGGUGAAAGUUGCCAGUUUGGACCCAACACUGUGCCGCUUAUUUUUGGAGCAGAGAAAACUUGUAAUAUUCAAGAAUCUUCUUGUGAAACAGUCAGGAUAGAUGGGGAUUUUUUCACAUCUUCUGAUAAUCUUGCUUGCCAUAUAAACUUUGCUGCGGUGGACACACGUGCAAGAAAAACAGAGAGCAGUGCUGUAGUGAGAGCAGAGUACAUCAGCAUUUACCAAGUUGGAUGUACACUCCCUACACGACGCAGUGCCUACAUCACCGUCACAAACGAUGGCGUCCAUCAGAGUGAAAAUGUUUACCUUCAUGUUGUCCACAACUCCAGCUGUCAGACUUGUGUCAUCAAUGACAACAAAACUGAUGUUGACUGUCACAUGAUUACAAAUGUGUGUGUGAUAGAAGGACAAUGCUACUUACAACAGCAAGAAGACUCUGUGGAUUCUUGCAACAUCUGUAAUCUUGAUAGCAGCAACACUGUAUGGACCAGGAAAACUGAUUCAGCAUGCAAGGAAGGCUUGUCUAAUAAGGCCAUCAUUGCCAUCAGUGUUGGUUGUGCUGUUUUUGGGUUGCUUCUCAUCCUAGUCGUCAUCAUAGUUAUCCUUAAGAAAAAGAGAGCAGGGAAGUCAGCUGUUUCUUUUUCUUCUACUGUGAAAUGAAAUCAAAAAGCUUUUUACCGAUUGUUUUAAUUUUAUUUAUUCAUUUUUAACAAUAUAUUAAUUUUGACCAGUUUUAAAAAUAAUAAUAUGUUGUAUGCAAGAAUCAUCGUAAAGUUUUGCCCUUGCAACGAAAAUAAAAUCAAAAAUUUUUUAUUAAUUAUUUUUAUAUUUUUAUAAAGACGUAUGCAAUAAAAAUAAUAAAUAUAAUAUAAUAAUAAUUUUUAAAUUGAUAAUGACAAAUUGAAAAUAAAAAUGAAAACAAAAAUAUUUUUUUUUUACAAUUUAAAAAAAAAUUAUAUACUGAUUUUAUUUGGUAAAUGUUUUUAUGCCUUUAAAAGACUAUCCUUGUAUGCAAAUUCAUAAUAAAUAUAAUCAAAUAAUAAUUUUAAUAAUAUAUGUGUCUAAACAGUCUCCACUUUUUUAUUUGACACUUCAACUUUUAAAUAAUUUCUUGACCCAAGACAAAUUUGCUAAAUUAUUUAAAAUUGUGCUUACGCUGAAAACAUUUUCUUUUCAGUUAUUCUCAUUCUUUAUUAUACCAGUUUUGUUUAUUAACAUUAGAGUACUAGGGUGCGUACUAUUUUGUGCUCUAUGCUUAAGGUUUAUUUUAUACUUAAAUGUAGAUUGAUGUCUAACAAAUUCUAUAUUUACACUGUAUUUUAGAGCAAUGUGUGAACUGGUAGGCGUGGGAUGGGUGUGGGAGAGGUCACCGAGAGGGACUUCACAAUUUUACAUUUUGUGUAUUCUUAAAAGUAGGCUAUUUGUAAUAUUAUAUCAUUGAUCGAUGUACUUGUGUUGACACAGCUCAUGUUAACUGGUAGGCGUGGAUUGGGGGUGAAGAGAGGCCAAAGAUAGGGACUUCACAAUUUUUACAUUUUGUGUAUUCUUAAAAGUAGGCUAUUUUUAAUAUUAUAUCAUUGAACGAUGUACAUGUUUUGACACAGCUCAUGUAAUAGGUCUUCUUGAUAUAAAAUUACCGCUUCCAAAAUUGCUUUUUAUUUUUGACUGUUUCGCUUUAAAAUAAAAACCAUUAAGAAAAUGUGACGGCAAUAACCACUUUUCAACUUUUUCCUCGCUUUCCUUAAAAAAUUUUUUUCUAAAAUACCAGUGCAGGGCCUGGUCGGAACGGUUAAUAAAUUGUAUUGAAAAGACUAACUAGUGUUAGCGACCGCAUCUCCCUCCCACAAGAGGAAGUUGCAAGUUAUCCUUCCCACACGGAGAAAAAUGCCUGA